AUGCUCAUCCCUUCACUUCUUCGGACCGCUUGUGCCAUCCUCGGCCUUCAUUGCCGAUUGCUUGGCGACAAGGGAGGAUCAGGUGUCGCCAAUGAUGCCGCCGGCGUCAUGGUCAAACUCAAGGUCGACUAUGUGCAGAAUGUAUUGUCAGGUCUGCGAAGAACCGGCUGCACAAGCAAAAACAUUGCAGUCCGACAGGAAUGGGAUUCGCUCUCGGAAGCCCAACGCCUGGAUUACGUACGAGCAGUGCAGUGUCUGCAUGCAAAGGAACCGAAGCAGCCCGGCGGCCUGGCACACAACAGGCUCGAAGAGUUUAUUAUCCCGCACGUGAACCAAACUCUUGAGAUUCAUGCUUCUGGUCUACUCCUCCCGUGGCACCGUUACUUCCUUCAUCUUUAUGAGACGGCUCUACGAGAAGAAUGUGGUUAUAAAGGCUACCUGCCCUAUUGGGACUGGCCCAAGUACAUCGAGAAUCCGCAAAAGUCGACAAUAUUUGACGGAUCAGCCGCCUCACUUUCAGGAAAUGGCGCGCCCAUUCCCCACGGAGAAUACCGCAUGCCUGUUCCCGGCGGCCCGCCUCCUGUGCAAUACUUCACGCGAGCUGCCGGUGAAGGCGGCGGUUGCGUCUCAGGGCCAUUUGAGAACCUCACCCUGUACCUUGAUGCUAGCAACGAGGGCGCAACUACGCCUGCCAAGCUUACACAGAACCCGCGUUGCCUGAAGCGCGACUUUUACAUGCCUAUACUAGCCCAGCAGAACUCGUACGAGAAUGUGACGAAUCUCAUCUUGAAUAGUCCCAACAUGGAAACUUUCAACCGUGUUGUUGAGAGUGACGACGGCGUCCAUGUCGGCGGCCAUUUCUACUAUGGUCCAGAGCAGCUCAACCUUUUUACAUCUCCAGGAGAUCCUGCCUUCUUUCUUCACCACGCCAUGUUGGACCGGGUCUGGGCGAUCUGGCAGAGCAGGGAUCCACGAAAUCGCCGAGAUGCACUGAGUGGAACGGUCACCUUUGAGAAUUAUCCGCCUAGUGAGAAUGUGACGCUCGAUCACACCCUACGCAUAGAUGUCUCGGGUGACUUUGUAAAAAUUAAGCAAGUCAUGUCCACUACUGAGAAUAUUUUGUGCUACAUCUACGGCUGA